AUGUCGGACUAUGCGCCUCCAACGCGCCCUCCACCGCCAAAAGUACCUGAAGGAUGGAAAGCGGUAUGGAAUGAGCAAUACAGCGAGUACUUCUACGUCAACAUAUACACCAAGAAAUCGCAAUGGGAGAAGCCCACGGAGCCUGUCUACCCGCCUGGCGAAGCCCCACCUGAAGGCCCGCCUCCCUCCUACGAUAACAAGAACGUCGACCCCGGCAGGCUGGGAAGUAAUAACCCAUACGCCAGUGGUGGUAGUGCUACUGCUGGAGGACUGUCAUCACAUGAUUUGAACGAGGAUGAAAACCUGGCUAGGAGAUUACAGCAGGAAGAAGAUGAGCGGGCGAGAGCACAGCAGUCUGGGGCUCAGGGUCAGGGCCAGGGAGCUGCGAGUGCGUAUUACCAGCAAGACGGCAACAACAACAACAACAACAACAACUACCACAACCCGCAGCCGGGAACCUAUGGGGGACCGCCGGCUACAGGCAAAAAGGGCUUCCUAGGAAAACUCCUAGGCAAAGUGAGCGGCAGUGGGGCACAUCACCACUCCCAUGCCGGGUAUUCCCAACCGCGACCCCAAAGCUACCCUGGCGGUGCCUACGGCUACGGAGCCCCCAUGCACGGAGGGUUUCCAGGAGGUCGGAAACCGGGUGGUGGACUUGGAACUGGAGGCGCGGCUGCGCUGGGUCUCGGAGGUGGACUGUUAGCGGGAAGUAUGCUGGCGGAUGCGGGCGAUCAUGGCGGGGACUAUUAUCAGGAGAAUAACUAUUACGGGGAUGAUGGGGGAGGGGAUAUGGGCGGGGGUGAUUAUGGGGGUGGGGACUUUGGCGGAGGGGAUUUUGGAGGUGGUGAUUUCGGGGGUGGUGACUUUUGA